GAUCGAUCGACGAUCUUACGUUUAUAUAUAUAUGUAUGUUUAGAAUAAUCAGAAUUCUAACGUAAGUUUUACGUGCUAUCAUUAUCGAUCUGAUUAAAAUAAAAAAGAUUAAGCAGGUUGGAAAAUUUUUGCUAUCGUUUGCUCUUUAGAAGGCACGGAAUUAUUCUCUGUGCGUAAGGAACUUCUACGUGCAGUGUUUACGGUAGAAAUUUGAACAGUGGUGAAAUUCUUCAGUCCAUAUUCCGUGGGUUUUCUGUUAUGGAAACUUGCGUACUAAUACCGAAAGAGUUCUCUUUAGUUCUUGCCAGUGAUCAAUCCGCAUGUAAAAAUGUUUAUAAAAAUGAUUCGGAUUCAUUUGUCACAAAUUUACGAAUAUCGGUGUGGUCUAAUGUCUUUAUUCCAUUGGGCACACUCAUCUAUCCGUUUCAGGGGUCAAUUAGAUUCGAUAAGAUUGAUCUGUAUUCCCUUCUUGAUGAUAACGACAUCAGACGCGAGUACGGUUGCUAUGACGAAGUCUUUUCGAACUACAAUCUUAACAAGCGUCAGUGUAACUGGAUAAGGUUUCUUCAUAUCAUUCAAACGGAUGACGAACAAGUUAAUCUUAUUGGAACAAAGGUAAAGGGUGAACCAAUUUUUGAAGUUAUCAAAGAUGUUCAGCCAGAUACUGAAUUAAUAGCUUGGUUUCCACCAGUAACGUAUCCAGAUUUUAUUUUUAUUUCCCAUGAUAUGUGUUUAAGAUCCGCACUUUACAGAUGUUUGAUCGACAGUAUCGUAGAUGAAUCACCUUUGGAUCUAUCUAUGGCUUUACUUUCUCAUCACAUAUCACCAUCGAUACAGCAUUCUUAUUAUGAACCUGAUGAAUAUGAAUCAACCUCUGAGGAAUCAUCAUCAUCUACGCUAUCGUUAGUUGGUGAUCAUCUUGAUUGUAGUAUUUUAACUACUAUAAAAAGAGGUGACAAAGUACUUUUGCCAUGCGAAGUAUGUGGUAAAUCUUUCGAUCGUCCAUCACUCUUGAAAAGGCAUACCAGAACGCAUACUGGCGAGAAACCACACGUUUGCAUGGUAUGCAGUAAAGGCUUCUCAACAUCAAGUUCUCUAAAUACUCACAAGCGUAUUCAUAGCGGUGAAAAACCUCAUCAGUGUCUUGUAUGUGGCAAGAAAUUUACAGCAUCUUCGAAUCUUUAUUAUCAUAGAAUGACUCACAUCAAGGAAAAACCACACAAAUGUUUACAAUGCUCCAAAUCAUUCCCAACUCCUGGAGAUCUAAAGAGUCACAUGUACGUGCAUAACGGAUUAUGGCCAUUUAGGUGUCAAAUUUGUAACCGUGGAUUCAGCAAGCCAACAAAUCUAAAGAAUCAUAUGUUAUUGCAUCUUGGAAGAUGUUCGAAUAAGAAGUUCAUUGAAUCGAUUCCAGACUUGUGACUUUUUGCGACAGUAUACUAAUCACUAGUUACAUAGUGAGAAGCACCGGAACUGCCACCGCUGCCAAGUCCCGCUUUUGUAUCUAAAGGUAUUUGCUUUUGGAAGCAGUCUUCCAAAAAUUGAGCCAUAGAUAAGUACAAGUGUCCUUUUACACCUGUUAA